CAUAAACUAAUUACUUUACAAUCAACACAACUGUAUUUAAGAGCUGGUAAUGAUAAAAAUUGAAAAGGAGGUGGUGAAGAAGUGAAUUCAAGGAAGUAGUAUAGUACAAGUCCAAGAGGGAAGAGCUAUUAAUUUCAGCUUCAUAAGUACUAUCCAGACUCGAGCCCUGCGUUUAUGUCGUACUAGUAUAAUAUUUCCAGAUCAAGAAAAAGAAAUGGCAAAACCGGUAAUAAAGUAAAGAUCCAAGUGCCUAGUGGUAAGAGGAGGAAAGCGUGGACAGAAAUGUUAGAUUGCAUAGACGACAACUCAAUACAGUCUCACACUCACUCAAUAAGACCCUUGUCUUUCUGUCUCUUCCCCUUCACUUUCCUCUGUUUUCAGCUUCAAUGGCUAAAGACCCAACUCUCUCCGCAGGGAAAAUGUCCUUCUGCUUCGACACCAGGCCUUUAAUGGCCACAUUGCUCGCCUUCACCCUUGUUAUGCUCAUCUGGAAUCUUCAGCCUUACUUCGAUACCAUCAUUAAUUCCCCUGCCCCUCCCUCUUCUUCUAAACUCUCCAUUUCCGACCCUAACAAACGAACCUUCCUUGCCUACGGCAAUGCCGCUUCUCUCUUCGUCCAGAUGGGCGCCUAUCGCGGCGGUCCUACCACUUUCGCCGUCGUCGGUCUUGCUUCCAAGCCCCUUCACGUCUUUGGCCGCCCUUGGUAUAAAUGCGAGUGGAUCCCCAACAGCAAUGGCAAUGCCUCCUUCUCUGCUUCUAAGAAGGCCAAAGCUAUUAAGAUCCUCCCCGACUGGGGCUAUGGCCGUGUCUACACUGUGGUGGUUGUAAACUGCACAUUUACCGUGAAUCCUAACGCUGAUAAUAAGGGAGGGAAGCUCAUUCUCUACGCUUACUACGGGGAGUCACCUAAAAGAUAUGAGAAAAUCACAGUAUUGGAGGAAGCACCGGGGUCUUACGACGAGUCCAAGUUCAGCCCGCCAUAUCCCUACGAGUACUUGUAUUGUGGUUCGUCCUUGUAUGGGAAUGUGAGUGCGUCAAGGAUGAAGGAGUGGAUGGCCUAUCACGCCUGGUUUUUCGGACCUAGCUCCCAUUUCGUGUUUCAUGAUGCCGGUGGGGUGUCGCCGGAGGUAAGGGCGGUGCUGGAGCCGUGGGUACUUGCUGGCAGGGUCACGCUUCAGGACAUUAGGGACCAGUCUGAGUUCGACGGGUACUAUUACAACCAGUUUUUGGUGGUGAAUGAUUGCCUCCAUCGCUACCGACACGCUGCCAAUUGGACCUUCUACUUUGAUGUAGACGAAUACAUUUAUCUUCCCGACGGCAACACUCUAGAGUCCGUGCUAAGAGAGUUCUCCAACAAUACUCAGUUCACAAUUGAGCAAAAUGCCAUGUCCAGCAUGCUCUGCUUCAACGAUUCCUCUCAGGACUAUUCCAGGCAAUGGGGCUUCGAGAAGUUACUGUUUAGGGACUCAAGAACUAACAUUAGGAGAGAUCGGAAGUAUGCCAUUCAGGCAAAGAAUGCAUAUGCAACAGGUGUACACAUGUCCGAAAAUGUAAUAGGGGGGACGUUGCACCAGACAGAAACCAAGAUCCGCUACUAUCAUUAUCACAACUCCAUCACUGUACACGAGGAGCUCUGUCGCGAGUUUGUACCCUUGUCUUCUAAGCAUAACAUUACCUGGUUCGAUAAGCGACCAUAUGUAUACGAUGACAACAUGAAGAAGCUCGCCCAAACCAUCAAGGAUUUUGAGCGCAAUACCAUCAAUGUUGCUCCCGACCAUACCACCAACUCAUAGGAGUACAUUAUUUCUUUCUUUCAACAUCACAUACAAUAUUAAAUGAUUUAAUCUGAUUAUAGGUUUUUACUACAAGGUAGGUGUAAGGUCUGCAUACACACUACCCUACCCAGACCACACGGAGUGGAUUAAUACUGGGUAUGUUGUUGUUGUAUAGGUUUUUACCACAUUUACCACAAUGAACAGAAGGAACAACCUUGAAUUGGUGAAAAGUAUUGUAUGUAGUAGAGUAACAGAUAUUGGCAGAGCUCUUCUUUUCCUCUUUGUGGCUUCAGUGUGUCUGUCUCAUCUGGAGUGCUGUUGAAGCGUGCCCUACUCUUCAAUGUUGUCAGUAGUUGGUUCUUGCCAGCAAAGCAACACUCCACCUCUUGUGGGUUUGGGACAUAAGGCUGACCACAGUUUUGCUUCCGCUGGCUCGAUUGGUUUAGAAUAUGGAAUCAUUUGUAUCCACAAAUUGCCAAAAAGGAAACUUAGAUCUACUGGUUGAUUUGGGAAAAGAGGGAGAUCAGGGGCCGCCAAGUCCCCACCAGGAUUUGUCCGUAAAUGGUAAGCGUUCUUGUUUCUUAUAUAUUACUAUUAUGUAUUGAACUCUUCCUCGUUAAACUUGGCCAGAUAUCUCAUAUAGCCACUUAAAUUGUUAUUGUAGUGACUAUUUUCACUCAUUUAAGUAGCAGUUUGUGGAUUUAAACAAGUUACUUUAAGAAUAAAUGCCACUGCUAUGUAAAGAAGCUCUCACCAGUUGGCCUUUUGUCUGUUUGCAGUUAAGGGAGUAUUAAUUCUGUGUAGUACAGUACUGAAAAUAUAUAUUUUGACAUGAAUAUGUAAAACUAGUAGCGUUAUGCAUCAUUCUUAUGUCUUUCA